UUUUUAAGCCAGCGAUGGGUGACUCACCCGCCCCGUCCUGCCCCUUCCCAGCUCUGGGGCUUGGUGGGGGCAAUCCCUGCGUCCGGAGAGCGCAGGUGGUAGGGAGGCUUCUCCCGCUUCUGUGGGCCGCAGGACCUUCCCGAGGAGAGCACCGCACGCCCACUCCCUGUGGGCCAGAGCCAAGAGGCACUUCCUGGGUGUCGGAGCCCAGAAGGAAGCCAGUGGCCUGGGAAGCACCAGCUGGGUUUGAGACAGGCACUGGCCUCAGACCCGGGCCACACUGAGGUCUGCCCUUCUCCUGCUGGCCGCCGCCCGGGACACCAUGAGCCAGUCUGGGGCUGUGAGCUGCUGCCCGGGUGCCACCAACGGCAGCCUGGGCCGGUCCGACAGUGUGGCAAGGAUGAGCCCCAAGGACCUGUUUGAGCAGAGGAAGAAGUAUUCCAACUCCAACGUCAUCAUGCACGAGACCUCGCAGUACCACGUCCAGCACCUGGCCACUUUCAUCAUGGACAAGAGCGAAGCCAUCACGUCUGUGGAGGACGCCAUCCGGAAGCUGGUGCAGCUGAGCUCCAAGGAGAAGAUCUGGACCCAGGAGAUGCUCCUGCAGGUGAAUGACCAGUCACUGCGGCUGCUGGACAUCGAGUCUCAGGAGGAGCUGGAAAACUUCCCGCUGCCCACCGUGCAGCGCAGCCAGACGGUGCUGAACCAGCUGCGCUACCCGUCCGUGCUGCUGCUUGUGUGCCAGGACUCGGAGCAGAGCAAGCCCGACGUCCACUUCUUCCACUGCGACGAGGUGGAGGCAGAGCUGGUGCACGAGGACAUCGAGAGCGCGUUGGCCGACUGCCGGCUGGGCAAGAAGAUGCGGCCGCAGACCCUGAAGGGACACCAGGAGAAGAUUCGGCAGCGGCAGUCCAUCCUGCCCCCUCCUCAGGGCCCGGCGCCCAUCCCCUUCCAGCACCGCAGCGGGGACUCCCCGCAGGCCAAGAAUCGCGUGGGCCCGCAGGUGCCACUCAGCGAGCCAGGUUUCCGCCGUCGGGAGUCGCAGGAGGAGGAGCCGCGGGCUGUGCUGGCUCAGAAGAUAGAGAAGGAGACGCAAAUCCUCAACUGCGCCCUGGACGAUAUUGAGUGGUUUGUGGCUCGGCUACAGAAGGCGGCCGAGGCUUUCAAGCAGCUGAACCAGCGGAAGAAGGGGAAGAAGAAGGGCAAGAAGGGGCCGGCAGAGGGCGUCCUCACGCUGCGGGCACGGCCCCCUUCUGAGGGCGAGUUCGUUGACUGCUUCCAGAAAAUCAAGCUGGCGAUUAACUUGCUGGCAAAGCUGCAGAAGCACAUCCAGAACCCCAGCGCCGCGGAGCUCGUGCACUUCCUCUUCGGGCCUCUGGACCUGAUCGUCAACACCUGCGGUGGCCCAGACAUCGCACGCUCUGUCUCCUGCCCACUGCUCUCCCAAGAUGCCGUGGACUUCCUGCGCGGUCACCUGGUCCCUAAGGAGAUGUCGCUGUGGGAGUCGCUGGGAGAGAGCUGGAUGCGGCCCCGCUCCGAGUGGCCGCGGGAGCCGCAGGUGCCCCUGUACGUGCCCAAGUUCCACAGUGGCUGGGAGCCCCCCGUGGAUGUGCUGCAGGAGGCCCCCUGGGAGGUGGAGGGGCUGGCGUCUGCCCCCAUUGAGGUGAGUCCAGUGAGCCGACAGUCCGUACGAAACUCCCAGAAGCACAGCCCCGCUUCAGAGCCCACCCCCACGGGGGAUGCCCUACCACCAGUCAGCUCCCCACAUACUCACAGGGGCUACCAGCCAACACCAGCCAUGGCCAAGUACGUCAAGAUCCUGUACGACUUUACAGCCCGAAACGCCAACGAGCUAUCAGUGCUCAAGGAUGAGGUCCUAGAGGUGCUGGAGGACGGCCGGCAGUGGUGGAAGCUGCGCAGCCGCAGCUGGGAGGCGGGGGCGGGGCGUGGGGAGCCUGAUCGCCUCCCGCCCCCGCAGGUCGGUCAGAAGUACUGGGGCCCCGCCAGCCCGACCCACAAGUUGCCCCCAAGCUUCCCGGGGAACAAAGACGAGCUCAUGCAGCACAUGGACGAGGUCAACGACGAGCUCAUCCGGAAAAUCAGCAACAUCAGGGCGCAGCCACAGCGGCACUUCCGCGUGGAGCGCAGCCAGCCGGUGAGCCAGCCGCUCACCUACGAGUCGGGUCCCGACGAGGUCCGCGCCUGGCUGGAAGCCAAAGCCUUCAGCGCGCGGAUCGUGGAGAACCUGGGAAUCCUGACUGGGCCGCAGCUCUUCUCCCUCAACAAGGAGGAGCUGAAGAAGGUGUGCGGGGAGGAGGGCGUCCGCGUGUACAGCCAGCUCACCGUGCAGAAGGCCUUCCUGGAGAAGCAGCAAAGUGGGUCGGAGCUGGAAGAACUCAUGAACAAGUUUCAUUCCAUGAAUCAGAGAAGGGGGGAGGACAGCUAGGCCUGGCUGCCGCGGGCGGGCGCCUGCGGAGGGGAAGCCCACGCCCAAUGCAUGGAGUAUUAUUUUUAUAUGUGUAUGUAUUUUGUACCAAGGACGCGGAGGGGGCGCGGUGCUGGCUAGGGGUCCCUGCCUCUGUCUGGAGGCACAAGGCCCAUCCUUAGGACCAGCAGUACCCAAGGCCCCAGCCCAUACCAAGACCAGUCUAAGCCAAACCUGCCCCCUGGUGGUGCCAGCCCCUUGUCCACCUUCCCCUGAGGCCACAGAACUCCCUGGGGCUGGGGCCUCUUUCUCUGGCCUCCCCUGUGCACCUGGGGGGUCCUGGCCCCCGUGAUGCUCCCCCAUGCCCACCCACUUCUACAUCCAUCCACACCCCAGGGUGGGCUGGAGCUCCAGGCUGGCUGGGCUGAGCCCCGCACACACGCAGGGUUCUGCUCCCUGAGGGGGGCCUGGGAGGGGCUCCAGCAGGAGGCAGUGGCUGUCAUUGGGGGGAAGUGGGGGAAUGACACACGCUUCACCUGCAAGGGCCGAGGAUGCAGGGGACACCAUGCAGGCUUCAGACACCCCCAGCGCCCACCCUCACAGGCCCAGGAGUGGAACUUUCUCUGGCCAGGUUUCAGGCCAAUGAUCUCCGCGUGGUGUUGGGGGUGCUGUUGUGUCUUGGUGCCCGGACUUGAGUCUCACCCAAGAGAUAAGAGGUGGCCCAGGCACCAGGGCGAAACAAUUAAACCAGUUAAGUCUCCCAGGA